CCCACUGACUAUUUCAAGAAAAUACUGCACUACCUUAACUAAACCGUUUGCAGGUUAACCUUUAACCUUCAACCUUUGAUCACUGAAUCCGAUCAACAUGGCGAGCGAAGAGGAGGAGUCGCGCACCGUUCUGGGGUUGUUGAAUGGACUUGCGAAGCGCGAGUACUUCGGCAAAGAUGAAUUCACUGAUGAAUUCUUGAAAGAGGAACUGAUGGCCAGUGCAACUGAAGAAGAAUUUUCAGCCUUGCUAUCAAAAUGCAAGAGUCUGCUGAAGAAUAUUGUAUCUGGUAACAUGGAUGUGAAUCAGCUAGAAGCUUUCCUGACAUCGCAGACCAAGAAGAAAGGAGGUAUAAACGGGGCCCAGGCAGCGGCAUUCAGUAAAUUCUGGCGGAGUAACAAGGCCAAAAUUCAUGACAGUAUAGUUGCCAAGAGUAUGUGGGGCAACGGUCUUCGUAGCAUGAGUUGGCGGAUCGACAUCAAAAGCCAAGGCAGGCACAUUGAUCAAAUCAAUACGCCCACGGCUAUUGUAGAGCUGCAACUCGCUGAAAAUAACUCAGAUAAGGAGGCAGAGGUGGUCCGGUUUGAGAUGGAUGAGGAGAAAUUAGCCAAAAUCACCCAGGAUCUGGAUAUUAUGGAGGCGCAAAUUGCCGCCCACUGCCAUUGAGCGUUUUCAAACAGUGCACAAUAUGUGCGUACAUGCAUUGUAUUUGGUGUCCCUCUCCAGUUUUAAUUGCCACACCUGUCAAGGUGCGACGUCCCAACAAGACUCGCUAGAGAUUGAACUUGGACCAUUUUGUAUUCGCACCUGUCAUUAAUUAAUCAUGGUCGCACCCGGCAAUUUUAUGCGUGACUAGCAAUAAUGUGUACAAUAUCUGAAAUGUCUUUCUGACUAAUGUGUGCCCACUCGAAAAGUGCAAAUAUAAUUAGUGCGGGCGGAGUGUUGCCACUGCCCAGAGAGGCUGGAUUUGCUACAAGUACAAUUUACUGGAUGUGGUGGUUUUUGACUUGUGGCUUUUUUGUAUCAAACGGGCACAUGCACAGCUGUCAUGGCUGUAAGACAGAAGCGUGCAUUGGUGCAUCCUGUAUAACAUUGAAUUGAAUUAUUGAUCAGUGAUCAGCCUUAGCCCUCAGCAAAGAUGCAGACUGAACUAUUCAUAUUUCAACUUAUUAAAAUUGAUUAUUUGGUGUACGUGUACACGAGAAGUAGUAUAUCCGAACUGGCAUGUUUACAUUUAGGCUUCAUUGAUUUUGUUAUUAAGUGAAUUUUGUAAAUAAUGUAAAAGUUGUAACACCAUUUUGGUGGUCGGUGUAUUCAGAUUCAAUUAUUGAAAUUAUUGAAGAAUUUAACAAUUUAUACCAUUCAUCGGGUUUUGAAUUCAAAAUAAAUUAAUUAUGUCGAUACUCUUUGCACAAGAGGACAGCCAAUAUUAUGCUGCUACUUUUCCAAUGAAGUAUUUUAUUGAAGAGCGCGGGUAAAUGAGUUGCAGGUUUGUCCAUUUCGUGGAAUCGUGGUUCAUGUUUUCAUAUUGCUUUAUUGGUACUUGUUAGUAACAAUAUUUUUUCAUAACGGACAAUACAAUGGAGUCUCAUGAUGUGUGUUGUCACUGCUGUGCGUCACAGUUAUACGGGGUGCAUGGUCUCCACUUGAGAAAUUUAUAAAGAACUAAAUACGAAAUCUAAAACCACUUUGUCCGUUUAUUGAAUUCUACAAUGGUGUCCUCAUCAGCGAUGUUGAUUUUCUCAUCACGCGAUGUUGGUUGACGCUUGUCGUUUUUGUUUCUUUUGUGCGCCGUUGCUGUUCACUAUACUCGAAUGAAAGGGGAGUUGGAAUAGGGCACGUGUAAAUCGUAAUAAAAGUGUCAAGUGAGUUAAUUCAUUAUUCUUUCUGAUUGAUCGAUCCGUCGAUCUUGAAGAAUAGAAGAAAGUGCAUCAAA